GCUUUAGUAGAAAUGCUGCAACUCUUCAGAGUGACGUUGCAACAUAAUUUUAUAUUUGAAAGCAGGCUUAGCUAAGCAUUGGUUAACCUAAUGAAAAGGACAGAUUAAUAGCAAAUAGUAAAUCAAUGACUCAGUUCUAGAUUGUAUAUCAUCCAGCACUGUACUGUAUGCAUCAAUGGCCACAGCUUGUAGAGUUCAGGUUUGUGGAUGUUUUAGUGAAAAACAGGUCACAACCUGUGUGUAUGUGUACACAAUGGUUUGAAGUUUCCCUGGAAGACACAAAGUGCAACAGAGGGGGUUGUAUGUGUGAAAUGCACGACUCAGACUGUGUCCAUGUCUGUGUUUGAGAGAGAGGGAGACAGGACCAUGUGAUAGUCAUCAGACACACACUCACAAACUGAUUUCACUCAGAUGUCCUCACUACUAUGUAUGGUUGUACUCUCUCAUCCACAAACACAACUGUUUGUGAAGCAGGAAUGCAGUGGAGGUGCACAAGUUAUGUGCUGUAUUACAUUACAGCAACUUUCAUUAAGUGCCAAUACUCCAAUCUGUAUGAAAUUAGAAAAUCAUUUCAGAGACAUAAUACAGGUUUUAAUCUAUGUUUAUGUCUAUUACUUUAUAUGUGGUGCUACAAUUGUGUGGUUCUACAUUAUGAUGUAUUAAUUGGAGGCUAAACAAUCCUAUAUAGGAAAAUGCAACCUUUUAGAUGAUUUUAUAGUUACACUGUCCUCAAGGUUGUUCAAGUAAGGCAGGCUACUGAGUCAACUGAGGCGAAAAUAUUGAUGGUUUCUAUUCCAAUCUAGUGAUGUAUUGUGUCAGUUUAUACAUAGGACAGUACAGUCAGCUUUUUAAUUGAUUACGUUUCGUUGCUGCUCCUUAAAUAGUUGAGUUGUUAGGGGAAAAGGGGCCUAUCGCUCACUAUAGUAACAAGUGAUGCAACAGCUGCAGACCCCGCCCACCUGAAGGCUCCGUUGCUGAGCAACGAGAAACUUUGAAGCGCCGAGACAUAACCAAACAAAUGUACCUCCGACAGGCUAUCUGACUUGUUUGGUUCUUUGUCAAUUUGCUUGCAGAUUUAUCACACCAAUAGCAAUGUCCAAGGCCCAACUCAAGAAAAAGGAGUCUUCAAGUAAAGUCUCUUUAUCUGAACGACAGACUGAAGCAGCUUCCCUAGGAACCACUUCCUCUGAGAGCCUUGGAAGUGUAUGGAGAUGCAGGUUUCCCAUUUGGCCCGAGUGGGUUGACUCAGAAGUCAACCAGGAGAAAUGGGACUCAAGUAAAGGAGCUGACAAUGGAUGCUCGAACAAGAGUCCCAAUGCUCCAUUUUUUGAAGAUCCUGAGGGGAAAAUUUCCCUGCCUCCAUCUGUGAAAGUGCACUCCUGGAAACGUCCUACAGAGUUUAGUAUCAACAAGGGUAUCACGGUUGUUGAGAAUCCAAAGACCUUUGAACUGAUCUCCCCAAAUGAUCAUCUGAUUUGCAGUGAGCUGAUGAGGUGGAUCAUCAGUGAGAUCUAUAUUGUUUGGACACUACAUAAAAAAUCACAGACAAAACAAGAUGAUUGGAGACCUUGGGAGCACAUCUACUCGCUGUGUAAGGUGGGCAGAGGUCAUGUGCCACUCUACAACAACUAUGGAAAGUACGUGGUCAGACUCUACUGGAUGGGAUGUUGGAGGAAGAUAACAGUAGAUGAUUCGAUGCCAUUUGACGAAGAAAACAACUUGCUUCUCCCAGCCUCCACCUGUCAGUCAGAGCUGUGGCCAAUGUUGCUGGCGAAGGCUCUCAUUAAGGUGGCCAACACAAAUGUAAUGUCAGAGGCCAGCGGAGAGAUGGGCGAGUUCAGCUUUAUCCACACCCUCACUGGCUGGAUCGCAGAAAUCCAUCCUUUAAAGUCUAUAAACCUGGGAAAAACCUGGGAUUUCUUACAAGAAAACAUUCCGAAAUUUACAUUCCCAGAUGAGAGUUCAAAACCUCAGACUGCAGAUUCCAGCUUUAAGGACAGCAAGAAUGAUCCUGCGAAGCAUGAGAAAAGUCCCCCUGAGGUGGUGGUGUGUGCCAGCUACUACCCUUUACAGCCACAUCAUAAUUCGUUUGGGUUUGGACACAUGGCUAAUUCCUCAGAGUGUCUUCGUCAGUACGGUCUCUCCUUGCUGUGCAGCCACAUUGUCUUGUUGACCAGAACCCGGGCUUGCCCGCUUGAGCUACCACCCAAACCUCCACCCGUACCACAGUGGAAACUCAUCCGCCCGCCAAAGGAGAUCAAUGUCCUGGAUGAACCAAGGAAGCUUCCUUUGUCCAAACCAGAGCAGUUCAUUGAGGUGGCCAGCCCUUUUCUCUCCUACAGUGUCAAGAGCAACGUUGACUCAAUCCUGGAGCUAGAGGCCAGGAAGAGCGCUCAGGGGAAACAAUCCCAUGGAUCCCCUCUGGUCUCCAUCGCUGAGAGAGAGGAGACUGAAUGCAGAGAAGGGCUUGAGCCUCAUGCAGCUGAACGCACCACUAACAAAGCAAAGAGCACAACAGGCAAAAUAGAGGUUACUACAGAGGACAGGCAGAAGGACAAUGAUGACAUAUCCAAUGAUCGACCCAAAACUGCAUUGGAGGAGCCUUUAACUGAGGACCCCACGAUUCUUGUCAGUCCCAUCCUGCAGGAGACCUGGGUGGACCUGGAGGAUUUUGCCAAAUGCUUUCAGACCCUCUUGGUUUUCCAUAAACCACAAUGCUUCCCACAUCAGAUCCACAAAUCUAAUUUUAAGAGCACCGUCCUGCCCAAAACUGCAACAGGCACCAACUGUACUGGGUCAGCUACUAACUUCUCUGGAUCCCUGCCUUUGAUAUCUACUGUAGCAAGCCCUGAAAGUCCAGAGGUAAAAGGCACACACUACCUGUGUGUGGACAGCAUGCAACAUCCCCAGAUCCACAUCCUUUUCUCUGCUCUGCUUCUCUGGGGAGAUACGGCUGAGGAGAAAAAGGAAGCAUCAGCACUAUGUAGGUCUGCAGUUCUCACCGCCCAGACCUACUCCUGGAAAAGCCUGCAGUCUGAGCUGCCAAUUCUCACCAUCAAGACCACCUCCUCAAAAGCAGCCGUGCUUAACUUACCCCCGGGUCGCCAUGUGUUGUCCUUCCAGACCAAAGCAGCACUGGGCUACCACGUUCACCUGUACAGCAAGACACCUUUCAUCUUUGGGGAUGAAGAAACCAUCAUGUCAUACCUCACCAAGGAAAGUGCUCGUUUCAUAGAGCAGGCGUCGUCCAUCUUAAAGGCCCUGUCCAGAGUGGUGUCUUCCUUUAGCGAUGAGCAGGAUCAGCCAACAGCCAGAAGAAUCCUGGAAGAGACUCACUGCCCGCAAAACAUCCACACCAGCCUGGGGAAAGGGCAACAUCAAAAGGUGUUUAACUUUGCAGUGUACAACAUGCUGUGUGAGGCUCUGGGCAGGAAGCUGACAUCCAAAGAGCGCUUUGCUCUAUGUGCUCUCACAGCUGACCCUUCACUUUUGACCAUGGACCCCAAAGAGCCCUCUGAUACAUCGGAAGCAGAAUCAAAGCCUCCAGGAAGCUGGGGAGACAGGGAGCCAACAGACAGGGAGGUGAAGGCAGUCACAAUUCUUCAGGCUGGGUUUAAAGGACAUUUGGUGCGAGAAAUAAUAAACGCCUCAAAACCAGGCAGGAAGGAGAACCUCAGUGCAUCUAAGAUCCUUUCGGACAUGUGGCCGAAGGUUGAAUCAGAUGCAGAAAAGCAUGCUGCCCUCUUGCUACGGUAUAUCAUUGAUCGCUCUGAGAGUAAAGCAGAGCUCUACCCCUGUCAGCAGGAUGAAUGGACCGGAGUCUCCUUCGCUGAUUACUCUGUCCCUCUCCAAGAAACAGACAAUUCCUGGGUCCUGGUCUUUAGAGAGGUGUUCCUGGUUUCUAAAAAGAUGCUGCUAGUACCAAAGAUCUACUCCCCAAUCCCUAACUGUCUGCUGCACAUCAUAAAUAAUGACACAGGAGAAGAGCUGGACACGCUCUUCAGCAGUGUAGCAGAACAUGUCUAUCAACCCAACAAGCUUGGUUAUACCUUUGUAGCAGAGGCUUUCAUGCCUGAAUGCCCCCCUGUUGGUGCAAAGUGGAGGAUACGCUUGAUUGGCUCAAGGGAACUCCUGCCAAAACUGUCUCGUCAGAAUCCACUCAACACGUUCUCGGUGAAGGAAGUCAGGGAUUAUUACAUUCCCUUUGAGAAGAACCUCAUAUGUCGUUACUUUGUGGAGGUGACAACAGAGGUCUUAGGAACUGUUCAGUUUCAGACUUCCAAGCCAGAUGUUUUGAUCCGUCUGUCCAUCCUGGACCAGGAGAAGGAGGUAGCUAGCAACUACGGGAAGGGUCAUGUGGUAAUCCCAGUGUUCUGCUUCCUUGCUAACAAAGACAGCCUCGAACAAAGAGAUGAGGAGGACAAAACAGCUGGGAAUUCAGACUCCUUGUCUGACCAGCACCAGCCUCCCACAGAGACUAUGGGUCAUAAGUAUGUGGUGCAGGCAGAGGUGCUUCAGAAUAGCUGGGAUUUGGAUGAAUCUCAGCUGGCUUUUAUCCAUAAACAGAGAGACUUGGAGAAGAAUGAAAUGAGAGAAUGCCAGCCUGAGGACCUGAACAGAUCAUCCACCACCGACACACCGCAACCCCAUGUACAACAAUCUGACACACCCAAAGCCCAGCGCAAAGGAAAAGGUGACAAGGAGAAGGGGAAGCCAGUGACCAGCUCUAAAUCUUUCUCCAGACAACAAACGAGCCUUGACUUGACUAAGGCCAACUGGACUCUGCGUGUGGUCAGUGAUAAGGGCCAAACGGAGAGCAUCAAGGUGACCAAGGACACAGAGAGGCAGGACUGGAUCAAAGCCACUAAAAAUGCCUGGGAGAUGGCUGAAGCAGGCCGCUGUGCCAAGGCAUUACAGUCUCGUCUCAAGUUUUGUAACCAACUCCAACAUCAAGCAGGUGAUGAGACUUCUACAGAUGACACAGAAAACAGAGAGCCAGCUGCUUCCAGAUCUGGUCCUGCCAUCUCUCUCAAUCCAUCCAAUAAGAAGCUAACCAAUGCCUCAUGCUCCUGUCCUUCCACGGACUACACUCCUUUCAUCAGACGCCAAAAGGAUUUUCCUGCUCUGAUGGACUCCCAAAUGGAGGAGAUCCAGCAGAGGGAGCGCUUAGAAAAGAUCCAGACUUACCGGUUGGUCCGAGACAAUGUGCUGGAGCACCAGAAACAGCAACAGCGCAACCGAAAGUUUCUGAGGACACACCACCCGGAGAUAUAUGAGAACAUGAAGCAGCACCGUAUGAUAUUCCUCAAUGCUUGUGAGGCAUUAAGUAACCGUCAGAUGGCAAACAUUAAAAAGGAACAAGAAGCUCUGGAGGAGGCCCAGCAGGCAGCUUUAGAAAAAACAACCCCCACCUCUGCUGCCACCCAGCAGCCCAACAAACGUGCCAAGAGUGCUGGCAAAAAGAAAUGAUGGUCAUUGGCAUCCCUCUCAGUUCCCUUCAACAGACACUUCUCAACAAUACUGAAGAUUCUUCAUUUAACCACAACAUCGUAGCCUGCAACUGAUGAUAUAAGAGCUAACUCAAAGAUUGUUUGAGCACCUGAUUCAGGGCUUAUGCCUUUAGAGUCUUUUAAAAUAUGACACUAAGAACUCUAAGAGAAUGUAUUCUGUAUGACACUAUGAAAUAUUGUUAUUCUACACGUUUGAUCUUUCAUUUAGAAUUGUAAUAACACUGUUCACCUACAAAAGGGAUUUUUGUAGUAAUUGUUCAUUUUAUUUGAGCAAUACGAUACGCUUUAAAUAAAGAAAAAGAAGUCG